CACUGUAACUCCUACAGUUACUCCUUGCCAGGCUAGAGAAAGGAAGGAGUUAUCUGUCUCUGCUAAAAUAGGUUUAUGCAGCUGAAACCCAAUGGAUUCUCUGAUGACUUUACAAGUGGAAGAAACUGUUAAGAAGACCACUGUUAAGAAAUACAAAAUAAUUUGUAUUGUUCUUCUCAUUUUGUUGGUGGUUGUGACGCUUGGAUUAGGCCUGGCACUUGGACUCAGGAAACCAGACGGGCAAGGCAGCUGCAGGAAAAAAUGCUUUGAUUCCUCAUAUACAGCACUGGAUGGCUGCAGGUGUGAUGUGGGAUGUAAAGGCCGAGGUGACUGCUGCUGGGAUUUUGAAGACAACUGUGUGGAAUCAACUCGAAUAUGGACAUGCAAUAAGUUUCGUUGUGGGGAGAAGAGACUAGAGUCCAGCCUUUGCUCUUGCUCAGAUGACUGUUUGCAGAGGAAGGACUGCUGUGCGGACUACAAGAGUGUUUGCCAAGGAGAAACGCCCUGGGUCAAAGAAAACUGCAGCACACACCAGCAGCCUCAGUGUCCAGAAGGAUUUGACCUUCCACCAGUUAUUUUGUUUUCCAUGGAUGGAUUUAGAGCUGAAUAUUUACAGACAUGGAGUACUCUGAUGCCUAACAUUGAUAAGAUGAAAACAUGUGGAAUUCAUUCAAAAUACCUGAGACCUAUGUAUCCAACCAAGACCUUCCCAAAUCAUUACACCAUUGUCACGGGCUUAUAUCCAGAAUCACAUGGCAUCAUUGACAAUAGUAUGUAUGAUGUAAACCUCAACAAGAAUUUUUCACUCUCUUCAGCGGAGAAAAAUAACCCAGCGUGGUGGCAAGGGCAGCCGAUCUGGCUGACCGCCAUGUAUCAAGGCUUAAAAGCUGGCACCUACUUCUGGCCAGGAUCAGACGUGGCUAUAAAUGGCUCCUUUCCUACCAAACAUGUGCCUUACAGCAGCAGCGUACCGUAUGAACAGAGGAUCUCCACCUUGUUGGGAUGGCUGGACCUGCCCAAAGCUGAAAGACCCAGUUUUUACACACUAUAUGUGGAACAGCCUGACUCUUCAGGACAUAAAUUUGGACCAGUUAGUGCCCAAGUAAUUCAAGCCUUACAGUCGGUUGAUAACGCUUUUGGAAUGUUGAUGGAAGGGCUAAAGCAGCGGAACUUAGACAACUGUGUCAAUAUAAUCCUUUUGGCUGACCAUGGAAUGGCUCAGACUUACUGUGACCAGGUGGAAUAUAUGACUGAUUACUUUCCCAAAGUAAACUUCUACAUGUUUCAAGGGCCUGCCCCCCGAAUCAGGGCUCGUAAUAUACCUGACGAAUUUUACAGCUUUGAUUCUGAAGAAAUUAUUAGGAACCUCAGUUGCCGAAAACCUGAUCAGCAUUUCACACCUUAUUUGACUCCUGAUUUGCCAAAACGACUACACUUUGCCAAAAAUGUCAGAAUUGACAAAGCUCAUCUUUUGAUGGAUCGACAGUGGCUGGCUGUGAGGAGUAAAUCCAGUUCGGCCUGUGGAGGAGGUAACCAUGGUUUUGACAAUAAGUUUAAGGCUAUGGAGGCCAUCUUUCUGGCACAUGGACCCAGUUUUAAAGAGAAGACCGAAGUUGAGCCGUUUGACAAUAUUGAAGUCUACAACCUAAUGUGUGAUCUUCUACACAUUCAACCAGCACCAAACAAUGGUACCCAUGGUAGUUUAAACCAUCUUCUGAAGGUGCCUUUUUAUGAGCCAUCCCACGCAGAGGAAGUGUCCAAGCUUUCUGUGUGUGGCUUUACUGUUCCGCUGCCCACAGACGCUCUAGACUGUUCCUGCCCUCAGCUACAAAGUAAUGCUGCUGUAGAACAGGUGAAUCAAAUGCUAAAUCUCAAUCAAGAUGAAAUAACAGCUACAGAGAAGUUAAAUUUGCCAUAUGGGAGGCCCAGGGUCAUGCAGAAGAACAAGGAACACUGUCUCCUUUAUCACAGGGAGUAUAUCAGUGGAUUUGGAAAAGCUUUCAGGAUGCCUAUGUGGAGCUCAUAUACGGUCCCCAAACCCGUAAGUUCCCAUGUCCAUUGGUCUAACCAAGGAGACACAUCGCCUCUUCCUCCCACUGUCCCAGACUGUCUGCGGGCUGAUGUCAGGGUUGCUCCUUCUGAGAGCCAAAAAUGUUCCUUCUAUUUACCACCCCAGAAUAUCACCCACGGCUUCCUCUAUCCUCCUGCAAACAACAGAACUUCUGAGAGUCAAUAUGAUGCUUUGAUUACAAGUAAUUUGGUCCCUAUGUAUGAAGCAUUCAAAAAAAUUUGGGACUAUUUCCACAGUGUUCUUCUUGUAGCACAUGCCAUGGAAAGGAAUGGAGUAAAUGUUGUCAGUGGGCCAGUGUUUGAUUAUAAUUAUGAUGGUCAUUUUGAUGAUCCAAGUGAAAUUACGAAAUAUGUAGUCAACAACAGCAUCCCCAUCCCGACACACUACUUUGUGGUGCUGACUAGUUGUAAAGAUAAGAGCUACACCCCUGACGCCUGCCCUGGGUGGCUGGAUGUCCUCCCCUUCAUCAUCCCUCACCGCCCCACCAACGUGGAGAGCUGCCCUGGACAGAAACCAGAAGCUGUUUGGAUCGAAGAACGGCUCAAAGCGCACGUUGCACGCGUACGCGACGUGGAACUUCUUACCGGGCUCGACUUUUACCAGGAGAAAGCACAGCCUGUCUCCGAAAUUUUGCAGCUAAAGACAUAUUUACCCAUAUUUGAAACCAUUAUUUAACUAAAUAUAUAAACAAUUUUGGCAAAAUGUUAAUAAUUUUUUCUGUUGAAGAAUCAUAAAAUAAAGUUUUCUAUUUUUCCCUAAUCCCUCUGAAAACUUGAUUUAUAGAAACGAGUGGAAGGCUAGGCUCGGCCCACGUGCUGUCGUCUGUCAACCCUGGUGUAUAUGACAACCUUGGGUGGGCAGAGGCAGGGAUUAAUGGUAAACGGCGAGAGGGAAAUAAAAUUUUGAUUUCAUGCCCUUUUUGUACAGCUUAAAAUAAAAAAAAAAUCCACUGCCUAUUCAUCACUUUAAUAUUUCAAGAUAUGGUUAUUGAUCAACGAUAUCCUAAUACUUUGUAAAGGGGUAAUACCAUUGGUCAGCUUUUUGGAUUACCAGACUCGCAAUGUUUCAGAGUC